AUGGGAGCGCCCACCCCCUGCAGCGUCUCGGCUGCUUUUUGGGAUCACCUGCGGCGCCUUGGUCUGCAGGACUUCCCCUGUGGCCUUGGCAGCUGGAACAAAUCCUGCUUCAAUGCACACAGGAGCCCUCGCCAAGGCCAGCCAGGGCUGGGGCCAAACCCAGCCAGGCAGGAGGAGGCCCUGCUGCUGGAUGAGGAGAGCCCCGAGGUGCUGAUGGAGCUGCUGAGUGACCGGCACAGCCCCUGGGCCCUGCCACCAGGCUGCAGCCCCCAGGACCAGCACCUGCGGGAAAUGGCUGUGCUGGCACCUGAGCUCGUCCAUGGCUCCAACCUCUUCCAGGUCUUCAGGUCCCUGCGGAUCACUGGCAAGGGAGUGGAGGAGGUUGACAAGGGUCUGUUGCAGUUUCAGCAGCUGGAGGAGCUCAUCCUCAGUGCCAACCAGAUCAGCAGGAUAACCUCGGCCAACCUGCCCCGGACGCUGAAGGUCCUGGAGCUCUGCUGCAAUGCUGUGGGUGAUCUGCAGGACCUGUGCACUCAGCCUCCUCCAGAGCUGCAGCACUUGGGGCUGGGGUACAACAGGCUGUGUGGCCCUUUGCAGGACAAGUACCUCACUGUGGACUUCUGGCCAAAUCUUGUCUCCCUUGACCUGAGCUUCAACAACUUCACAGACCUACUGGGGUUAGUCUCCCAACUAUCCAGUCUGCAGAAGCUCCGUAUCCUGGUGCUCGAAGGGAACCCGCUGGCUCUCAUUCCCACUUACAGAGGCUUCCUCGUGGACAGCCUGCCCAAGCUCUCCAUCCUCGAUGACAUCCACGUAGGGCCUGAUGAGAGGCACCAGUUCCAUGGUUUGGCGAGGCAGCCAGAGCUGAUCAGGAGUGAAGCACGAGUGGUUGUCAGUGUUGGGGAAAUCAAGGGAGUCCCUGAUCCCAGCACUUAUCAGCAGCUGGAGGUUGGCUCCGAGGCUCCGGUGAUCACCUACAGCUACUGUGUGACGUAUGAGUUUGUGGAAGAAGAGGACAUCAAGGAUGGUAGCAGCACUGAGGUAACAGAAAUCCAUCAAAGUCCCGUGGUGGCCACCCUGGGUGUGGACAGCUCUGCUCAGAACACAGGAGAAGCAGAGAGCCAGCAGGAGCCUGCAGCCACGGAGGACCCCAAGGCCCAUGCUGCAAAGGUGUUUGUCACCCCUGUAAAGCCCUGGGCAGACACCAUCGAUUGCAGCUACAGGAAGGAGCACACUGCCAGGGACCUGGUGGGGCUGAAGUCCUACCUAGCAGCUGGAACAAUUGUCUCGGUUGUGGAGGAGAAGGUGCUCUCAUGGCCUGUUGAUGCUGAUCCAGAAGAAAGUGCAGUCACGAAGGGGAAGGCAAAACAGGGGCUGCAGAAGGACAGUGCCAAGGGUUCUGUGCCCAGGGACAAGCAGAAAAAAAAUAAGAAGGAGAAGCAGAAGCCGUGUGAAUUCCGCAGUGACCCUCCCAUUCGGAGGACCCUGGGCACCAGGAGGGUGACCCUGGAGACCCUGCUGACCACUGAGGACCUGGUGGCAACUGUGUGUGACUUUGGGAUCCUGAUCACUGAGCAGCCUCUGCAGCUGCCAAGUCUGGAGGAGAAGGAGAGCAAAAAAGGCAAAGAAAAGAGCCCGGUGCCGCUGACGGUUCAAUUCCAGCUGCAGCUGCUUCGGUGGCCCUUGGCAGCUGGUACCCAGAGCCAGGAGAGCGUGGCCACGGUGGUGGGGAAGACUCAGUAG